CAAGCGAGAGUGUAUUCUAGUGAUCGCAGACCAAAGGGAAAAACUAUCGUGAACGAUAAAAUUGUUUGGAUUUGUUGUUGAGAAAGUGUGUGUUUUAUUGUGUUGGAAGUGAUAACAAAGGUAAAUAGCGAUAUUAGUGCGUUAACGGAAAAGACGGUGUGUGAAAAUGCACCGUCAAAAUUCGAAGCAGCUGUCUCAGGAAGAGCAGCGACAAGUUUAUAGCAGUCAUGAGGAGCAGACGCAUCGGACGCAUCAAACGAUGCAGCAGCAGCAGCAAUUUAGCCAAAUGGAGCAUCGCACUGUCACCAGACAAGUUACUAGUCAGCAGAGAGUUCAAGGAGGAAUGAUUGCUCAGGAUAUUUCUCAGCAAUUAGGCUCAAGCGGUAUGUCGCCACCAGUGUUUGAACAGAUUUUCAAGAACGCGCGCUUUGCACAAGGCGGAAAUGCCUUAUUCGAGGGACGAUUGCGUGGAAAUCCAAAACCUGUUGUGUCUUGGACACGCAAAGGCUUGCCCAUGGUCGAAUCCAGCAAGUAUCGCAUGAGCUACAACGAAAGCACAGGUGAUGUGUCGUUGCUCAUCAAUCAAAUCGGACCAGGUGAUGAAGGUGAAUAUACAUGCACUGCCCGAAACAACUACGGUGAAGCCAUAUGUUCAGUUUUCAUACAACCGGAAGGCGUUCCUAUGCCAAGCAUUCAAACAUCUUUGCAAAAAGAGCAAACUUUUCAGACUUCGCAAAAUAGAAUGGAUUCACAAUCAUACCGCUAUCAACAUAUGACGGAAAAUUCAUUCACAAAUGGUCAUACUCAGUACUCUCGGUAUGAAGAUUUUAAAGUAGACACAUUUGAAUAUAGAUUGUUACGUGAAACAUCAUUUAGAGAAUCCAUAACACGGCGCUAUUCUGGCGAAUCUGAUGCACAAUUGUGUGGUACAAUAGAUCGUACACUUGGACCGGCAGCACCUCCUCAAAUAUCGCAGAAACCUCGCAAUUCAAAACUCCAAGAAGGUUCUGAUGCUGUUUUUACUGCUAAGGUUGGUGCAAAUCCUAAACCUAGACUAACAUGGUUCCGCAAUGGACAAAGAAUUGUACAAUCUGAGAAAUGUGAAACUUCAUAUUCUAACAAUCAAGCUAGUCUCCGAGUACGCCAAAUAACAUCUGAAGAUUCAGGACAUUAUACUCUUUUGGCGGAAAAUCCUCAAGGAUGUGUUGUAUCUUCUGCUUUUCUUGCUGUUGAGCCUGUUCUCGAUGGCCAUGGCACCGAACAGAUGAUUAAGCCAUCUUAUCAUGAACCGGAGGAAACAGACGCUUCGGCUAAAGCUUUAGCCCCUAACUUUAUUCGGGUUUGUCAAGAUCGCGAAGCUACCGAAGGUAAAAUGACCAGAUUUGAUUGUCGUGUUACGGGCCGCCCCUAUCCUGAAGUCACUUGGUUUAUAAAUGAGCGUCAGGUGAACGAUGAUGCUACUCAUAAGAUUCUUGUCAAUGAGUCCGGAAAUCACGCUUUAAUGAUAACUAACGUACACCGUUCUGAUAGUGGAGUAGUAACAUGCGUAGCUAGAAAUAAAUGUGGAGAAACUUCAUUCCAAUGCCAGCUCCACGUUAUCGAGAAAGAACAAGUUAUCGCACCUAAAUUUGUGGAAAGAUUUAGUACAGUAAACGUAAAGGAAGGAGAACCUGUUAUACUAAAUGCUAGAGCUGUUGGAACACCAGUUCCUAGAAUAACAUGGCAAAAAGAUGGCGUACCUUUGAUGCAGAGUGCCGAUGUAAAGAUCACCACUGAUGGCGGUGCUUCGAAACUGGAUAUCUACAGAGCCAAGGCGUCGGAUGCGGCGUGGUACCAGUGCACCGCACAAAAUGUGGCUGGCUCUACGGCCACUCGUGCCAGACUUUAUGUUGAGACUGAGAAAGGUGUCACCCCAGAACCAUGGCGAUUGCAUUUACCAAGACCAACUAAAGUUAUCGAACCAGAACCUGUUCCUGGACCUGAAGUAAUAUAUUUAAGGCACGUCGAACGCGCAAAACCUCGUACUGCACCUGGUGAAGAAGACCGAGUUUAUCCACCGCCCCAAUUUAUUAUUCCAUUAAGGGACUUGUCGCAACUCGAAGGUGGUCGUGUACAUUUCGAAGCGCGAAUUGAACCUGUAGGAGAUCCAACAAUGUAUGUUGAAUUUUAUCUCAAUGGAAAACUCCUUGAAGCAAGUUCUCGAUCAACAACGACUUUCCGAUUUGGCUUUAUUGCUCUUGAUUUAAUUGGAAUAAUGGUUCAUGAUGCCGGUGAAUAUGUUUGCCGCGUUGUUAGCUCAACUGGCGUCGCUGAAUCGAGUGCUAUUCUUAAAGUUACUGCGAAGGCUUCUAUAGAACAAACUUCUCAACAUCCUUCUAGUCUUCAAUACAUCGAGCAACUUGAAGAUUACUCGCGUUAUCAACGAAGCGAGAGCACUGAAGAGACAUCUGCUCAACGCCCAGUCUUCAUCCGCCCGCUCCAAGAAUUAGGCGAAUUGCCAGAGGGUCGCAAUGCGCAUUUCGAAGCACAACUUACGCCUGUCAGCGAUCCAACGAUGAGAGUGGAGUGGUACAAGGAUGGAAAACCAAUUACGGCUAGUUCACGGAUAACAUCAAUCUUCAACUUCGGCUACGUCUCCCUUAACAUCAUGCACCUACGGGCCGAAGAUGCUGGUUCAUAUACAGUCCGAGCCGUCAAUCGUUUGGGUGAAGCUAUUAGUACGAGCACUUUGCGAGUACAGGUAAGAAGCACAGUCACAGGAGAUUUAGGUAUACCAGAGCAACAGCGCUAUAUCGAGAAAGUAGAAGAGUUAGAAGCAUAUCAAAAUUAUCAGCAAUCCAAGUAUGUCCAGGAGGUACAAGAAUGUACUGUACCUCCAGACUUUAAGAGUCCGAUUAAAGAUCAGCUAAAUAUUAGAGAAGGAGGGUUCGCGCAUUUUGAAGCUCGUUUAGAACCUGUAGGGGAUUCCAGUUUACGAGUAGAGUGGCUGAAAGAUGGCAAACCAGUUGAAGCAAGUUCCAGGAUUACUUCUUUCUUUAAUUUUGGCUAUGUAGCUUUGACAAUAAAAUACGUCACUGUCAGAGAUUUUGGAAAUUACACGUGUCGUGCUUAUAACGCAGCUGGCCAAGCAUUCACUUCCGCUAAUCUUACAGUACUUAGCAAAAAGGACAUUAUUCAAGACAGUCAACAUCCUGGAGGUCUUGAAAAAAUACAGCAAUUAGAAGAUUCGAGUAGAUAUAUGCGUACUAGUCAUGAAGAGCAAACAGUAACACAGAAACCGCGCUUCCUGGGGCCGCUAAAAGGUACAACAAAGAUAGUGGAGGGCCAAAGAGCCCAUUUCGAGGCCAGAGUAGAACCGCAGAAUGAUUUGACAAUGAAAAUUGAAUGGUAUCAUAAUGGCAAACCUUUGUCGACAGCUAAUAGAAUACAAACCUAUCAUGAUUUUGGAUAUGUAGCUCUAGAUAUCGAGUCCGUUAGAGCUGAAGACGCAGGUGGUUAUACAGUAGUUGCUCGCAAUGCUUUAGGAGAGGCACAACUUGCAAAUACGAUGACUGUAGAAACUCGUUCCAGUAUUGAUACAGCAAGCAUGCAUCGUGGAGCUUAUGAAAAAACAAGAAAAUUGGAGGAUUCUAAAUUUAUUGAACCGCAAUACCAAAUUGAAGAAAUUUCAAAAUCUAAGCCAGUAUUCGUGCAGCCUCUAUCUGAUCCAAAGCCUGUAAGUGAAGGUAAAAACAUACAUUUAGAGUGCCGUUUAGAGCCAAUGGGUGACCCAACUAUGAGAGUGGAAUGGUUCCAAAACGGUCGUCCAGUAACCGUUGGAUCUCGUUUUCGAACAUACUAUGAUUUUGGGUUUGUUGCAUUGGAUAUUAUUCAUGCAACUUCUAUCGAUUCUGGAGAAUACACCGUACGCGCUACCAACCAUCUUGGAAGCGCUCACACAUCUGCAUGCGUACGCGUUAUUGGACGUUCAGAUAUUGAUACUGAAACACAACACGAAAUGUCACUAGAACAAAUACAGAUGCUAGAGGAUGCUUCAAGACAACGACGUACUCUUCAAGAAGAUAUCACUGUUAUGCAAGCUCCACAUUUUACUCGUCCAUUACACAACAUCGAAACCAUUGAGGGCACCAAUGUUCACAUGGAAUGCAGGCUUCAACCUGUUGGAGAUCCCACCAUGAAAGUUGACUGGUUUGUAAAUGGACACCCUGUUAAAACAGGUCAUAGAUUCCGACCGGCUUACGACUUUGAUUAUGUUGCACUCGAUUUACUAAGUGUAUAUCCUGUGGAUUCAGGUGUAUACACCUGUCAAGCCAGAAAUCAAUUAGGCGAAGCUGUGACAUCUUGUUCAGUACGUGUUAUUGCCAAGAAAGAUUUAAUAACUGAAUCGCAACACCCAAGUGGUUUGGAGAAAAUUCAAUAUUUAGAAGAUUCUUCACGAUAUAAAAAAUCUGAGUACAUGGAUGAAUUAAUUACAGUAAAACCCCGUUUCGUAACAAAACCAAAGAAUUUGAAUAAUAUGCGUGAGGGUCAGCAUGCGCAUUUCGAAUGCAAGUUAGAACCUGUGACUGAUUCUAACUUAAAGGUUGAAUGGUACAAAAAUGGCCGUCCGGUAACAGUAGGUCACAGGUUUAGACCAAUACACGACUUUGGUUACGUUGCUUUAGAUAUUGUAGAUCUAAUUGCCGAAGAUUCGGGUACCUAUACUUGCCGAGCUGUUAACGCGAUCGGUUCAGAUGAAACAACUUGCACUUUGCAAUGUAGUGUAUCAGCCACUAUUCAAACUGGAACUCAAAAUGAAUCAGGAUUACAACAAAUUCAUUAUUUGGAAGAUAGAUCUAAAUAUCAAAGAUCCGAAGAAGUAGAAGAAGUCACAAAGCAGGUGCCAAUAUUUACAACAUCUCUCAAAAAUGUUGAAAUUAAGGAAGGACAAAGAGCCCACUUUGAGUGUCGAUUGAUACCUGUUUCAGAUCCAACUAUGAAGGUCGAGUGGUACCAUAACAAUAUUCCAGUUAAAUCAGGAUCUAGAUUUACUGAGACAAAUAAUUUUGGAUUUGUGGCAUUGGAUAUAAUGCAAUGUAUGGCUGAAGAUUCUGGUCAAUAUACAUGCAGGGCAAUUAAUGCAUUGGGUGAAGCCGUUACAUCCGCAGUAGCUAUAGUUCAUACUAGAAAAUCCAUUUACAUGGAAUCACAGCAUGAAGGCGCUUUGAAAACUAUUACUCAUCUUGAAGAUUCAUCCAGAUAUAAGAGACAAGGUAUUGAAGAAGAGAUUAUUACUCAAGCGCCAGUGUUUACAACACCAGUGCGAGAUUUGAAAGUUGCAGAAAAUCAAGCAGCUCACUUCGAGGCGCGCUUGAUUCCAGUAGGGGAUCCUAAGAUGCGUGUUGAAUGGUUGCGUAACGGUGUACCGAUCGAAGCAUCAAAUCGUAUGACAACUAUGCACGACUUUGGCUAUGUUGCUCUUAAUAUGAAGUACGUUAAUCCUGAAGAUUCUGGAACAUACACAUGCCGCGCUGUUAACGAGCUGGGGCAAGCUGUUACUUCAGCACAGCUAAUUGUUCAAUCCAAGGCUUCUCUACAAUUGGAAACUCAAAAUGAAGCGGCAUUACAGAAGAUCCAUCAACUGGAAGAUCAUACAAAAUAUACUAGGCGUGAAGAGGAAGAUAUUGUUGUUCGAGAUGCGCCUCGAUUUGUUGCACAGCUUAAUGGUCCAACAAGUCGGGUGGAGGGCCAGAGCGCUCACUAUGAAUGUAGAAUUGAGCCAUACCCAGAUCCAAAUCUUAAAGUUGAAUGGUUCCAUAAUGGCAAACCUUUGCAAACUGGACAUAGAUUUAGAACAUCAUAUGACUUUGGAUUUGCAUCUCUAGAUGUUUUGACUGUGUAUGGUGAAGACUCUGGACAGUAUACCUGUAAGGCUACCAACAGGUUGGGAACUGCUCAAUCCUCCAUCAACUUGAGUGUUCAACCCAAAUCCUCUAUAAUUUAUGAUACACAACAUGAGGGUGCUUUACAGAAGAUACAAUAUCUUGAAGACGAUUCUCGUCAUAAGAGAAGUGCAACUGAAGAUCAAUUUAUAUCAGAGAAACCUCAAUUUGGUCGCCCACUACGCAACGUGGAAACUGUGGAAGCAGCAGCAGUUCAUUUAGAAGCUACUUUAACACCAGUUAACGAUCCGACUAUGAAAGUUGAAUGGUAUUGCAAUGGACGACCCAUCAAACAAGGUCAUAGGUUCAAAACAACUUAUGAUUUUGGCUUUGUUGCUCUUGAUAUUUUAUAUGCAUACCCCGAAGACUCAGGAACAUACAUGUGCAAAGCAAGAAAUGCAGCUGGGGAAGCAGUCACUACAAGCUCUGUUAAUAUCACAGCCAAACAAGGACUUUACUUGGACACAUUAGAUGAACAGCGCUUGAAGAAAAUAAAAGAUUUGGAAAAUUAUGAACGACCACAAAAGGCUGAAGUUGAACCAGAAGGCCAAAGACCAGUAUUUUUGACACCACUUGUCAGUUUAGAGAAUCUGAAGGAAGGUGAACACGCACAUCUUGAAUGUCGUGUGCAACCCAUCAAUGAUCCAAAUUUGAAAAUCGAAUGGUUCAUUAAUGGAAAUCCAAUACGAGCAAGUCAUCGUUUCCGAACUACACAUGAUUUUGGCUAUGUCGCUCUUGAUAUAUUACAUACUUAUGGAGAAGACUCAGGCACAUAUAUGUGCAAAGCUUCCAACUUAUUAGGAGAAGCUGUCAACACUUGUACAAUUAAAGCUGUUAAUCGUCGUAGUAUCAUAUUCGAUACACAGCAUCCUGAUGGUUUGGAAAAAAUAAGAGAAUUAGAAGCACAAGGUCGUCCUGCUAGAUUGGAAGUAGAGGAACCUGUUGUGACUCCGCCAAAAUUAGUCGCUGAUCUCAGAGGAACUACUGAUCUGAUGGAAGGUCAAACUGCGCACUUCGAGUGUCAAGUUGAACCUAUACAUGAUCCAAAUUUAAGAAUUGAAUUUUACCACAAUGGAAAACCAUUACCUUCUGCAGCACGAUUCCAUAUAACAUUUGACUUUGGUUAUGUUGCUUUAGACAUACAGCACGUCGUGCCAGAAGAUGCCGGCGAAUAUUCAGUAAAAGCCAUUAACGCAUUGGGUCAAUGUACCUCUUCCCUAAAUAUGAGGGUUACGGCAAAGGAAAAUAUUAUUCUAGAAUCACAGAGACCUGAAGGACUUGAUAAAAUUAGAAAACUAGAAGAAAUGCAGCCAUUUAAACGUCCUGAAAUUCCAGAUCCAGUAACCAGACAACGACCUGUGUUUACACAGCCUCUCAAGAACAUUGAUUCAAUCGGUGAAGGCCAAACAGCUCAUUUUGAAUGCAGGUUGAUUCCAGUUGGUGAUCCAACUUUGAAGAUUGAAUGGUUCAGAAAUGAAAAACCUUUGGAGGAUAGCUCUCGCAUUACUACCACACAUGAUUUUGGAUAUGUGUCAAUGGAUAUAACACAUGUAAGGGAUGAAGAUGAAGGAGUUUAUAUGUGCCGCGCGUCGAAUCCAUUGGGCGAGGCUGUUACAACUGCUUCUAUGAAAAUCAAGAGUAAAGCUAGUAUUCAAAUGGAAACACAACAUCCAGAAGGAAUGAAGAAAAUACAACAAUUAGAACAACCCGUGUCCGCUAGACCAGAAGAACCAGAACGAGAUUUUGAAAAACCCAUUUUCACUCAGGUUCUAACAGGUCCGUCUGAAUUAUGGGAAGCUCAGCAUGCUCAUUUUGAAGCACGCGUUGUUCCAGUCGGCGAUCCUAGCAUGCGUUUUGAGUGGUAUGUGAACGGAGUGGAAUUAAAAAUGGGAUCUCGCUUCCGAACCACACACGAUUUUGGUUUUGUAACAUUGGAUAUAAAUUCAGUUGUUCCUGAAGAUGCUGGUGUUUACAUGUGCAAAGCUAUAAAUAAGGCUGGCGAAGCAGUUUCUUCAAUUAGUAUGAAGGUUAAGUCUCGUUCAUCGAUAGCAGGAGAAACAUUAAUGCCAGAGGCAUGGCAGAAGAUUCAAUUGAAGGAAGCCGCAAUGAAUCGCGUUCCUGAAAUGUUUGUUGAUACAACACCACAACAGGCACCAGUAUUCACUACUCAUUUACAAAGUUAUGACAAUUUGCAUGAAGGGCAACAUGUGCAUUUAGAAGCUCAAGUUGAACCCAGAGCCGAUCCCAAUCUCCGCAUUGAAUGGUUUAAAAAUGGAGUCUCAUUGACUACUGGCACAAGAAUAAAAAGCACAUUCGACUUUGGUCUUGUUACCCUUGCAAUUAAUGGACUACGGGAUGACGAUUCAGCUAUUUAUACAUGCAAAGCAACCAAUUUACUUGGUGAAGCAGUAUCUACAUGCACGCUGAAGGUUCAUGAUAAACAUUGGUUAUUAGGAGAAACUUUACAUCCAGAUUCUCUACCUAGAAUAGGUGCAUUGGAACAGCCUCGGGGACAAAAAGCAGAAGCUCCAGAGCCUACAUAUGAAGUGCCAGUAUUUAUUACUCAUUUAAACAAUGUUGUAUGUAAAGAAUCUGAAAAUGUGCAUUUCGAAUGUAAUGUAGAACCAUCAAAAGAUCCAAAUAUGAAAAUUGAAUGGUUUGUUAAUGGUAAGCCAUUGCCACAUGGAGCUAGGUUUAAAACUACGUACGACUUUGGUUAUGUAGCAUUAGAUAUUAACCAUGCUUAUGAAGAAGAUUCUGGAAUAUACACAUGCAAAGCUACUAAUAAUAAAGGUUCGGCAUCUACAUCAGGAUCAUUGAAAUGCACUAGUGCUGCUAAUAUUUACUUGGAUACUCAGCAUCCACAAGGAAAAGUAGGUUUAGAAGCUGUCCAGGAAGCUGAUGAAGCCGCAGCUAAUAGACUAAAAAGACAAACUUCGAAACCUGAUGCUGAAUUUGGAAAACCAAUAUGGACUGUGCCAUUUACAGCUGAAUUCAAAUUAACUGAAGCUGACAGUUUGCACUUGGAAGGGCAAGUAGAACCAAAGCAUGAUCCUAACUUAAAAAUUGAGUGGCUACUUAAUGGUAAAGUUUUAGAGCAUGGAUCUCGCUUUAAAAUGACAAGUGAUUUUGGUUUUGUGACAUUAGAUCUAACGGAGGUAUACGAUCGGGAUCAAGGAAUCUAUACUUGUCGCGCAUAUAACAAAGCCGGUGAGGCCUUUACUUCAUCGACAAUAUAUUGCACAAGCAAGGAUAAUUUAAUAGAAAGAACACAGCAUCCUAAGGGUAAAGAAGGUUUAGAAAAGAUUCAAGAUUUGGAGGAAUCUCUCCGUCCAAAAGAACCUGGUGCACCAGAGGCUGAUGAAGGACGUGCACCUAAGUUUACAUCAGAAUUUACUAGUCUCAAAAAUGUUAGCGAAGGAGAAAUUGCUCAUUUUGAAGCAUCAUUGAUACCAACUGGAGAUCAAUCAAUGGUCGUCGAAUGGUUCUACAAUGAAAAACCAUUAGAUGCAAGUCAUCGUUUUAGAACUGUCUAUGCUUUUGGCAUGGUUGUAUUAGAAGUUCUAGGAACAAAAAUAGAAGAUUCUGGAACUUACUCAUGUCGUGCCACCAAUAAAUGGGGAAAAGAUGAAAUAUCUGUAGAACUUGAAUGUGUGGAUAAAUCAUCUGGACAAAAACCAAGGUUUACGACACAGAUUCAAAAUUUAGUUGGAUUGAAGGAUGGUCAAUCUGCACAUUUCGAAUGCACGCUUGUGCCUGUUGGAGAUCCUAACAUGAAAGUUGAAUGGUUCCAUAAUGGUAAACCUUUGAGACAUUCAACCCGCAUCAAACCUGUCUCUGAUUUUGGAUUUGUUUUGAUGGAUAUAGCUUAUGUUCAAAGCCAUGACUCUGGUGAAUAUGUUUGUCGUGCUAGCAAUAAGUACGGUGAAGAUACUACAAGAGCCACAAUCCAAUGCUUUGGAAAAGGUGGAGUGUAUCUUGAUAGUUUACAACCAGAUUCAUUGGCUAAAAUUCGUGAGUUAGAAGGAUUACACGGAUCAGUACCGCAAGAGCAGUCCGCACCUGUAACGGAGCCACCGAAGUUUAUAACACAAAUUGCAGAUGUAACAAAAUUAGUUGAGGGACAAAGUGCACACUUUGAAGCCAGGUUAACACCAGUUACAGAUCCCGAUUUAGUUGUCGAAUGGUAUUACAAUGGAAAGAAAUUACCUCAUGGACAUAGAUAUAGAACAUUCCAUGAUUUUGGAAUAGUCAUUCUGGAUAUUUUAUAUUGUUACGAAGAAAAUUCUGGAACCUAUGAAUGCAGAGCAUAUAAUAAAUAUGGAGAAGAUUCUACUAAAGCAACACUGAAAUGUGUGUCGAAGGCUAAUUUAAUCUUGGACUCGCAACUACCGCGGGGCAUGGAAGGUGGAUUAGAAAAGAUACAGAAUCUAGAAGACUCUUUAAUAAAGACGCGCGAUGAGCGUGCUAGUGAAGAACGUGGUAAAGCACCCGUGUUUACUUCUCCACUUACAAAUAUUGAUAACUUACGCGAAGGCGAAAGCGCUCACUUCGAAGCCAGAUUGAUUCCAACAGAUGAUCCAAAAUUGAAGGUUGAAUGGUUCUGGAAUGGAAAACCUCUUAAAACUGGAUCAAGGUUCCGCACGUUCUGUGAUUUCGGUUUUGUUAUUUUAGAAAUUUCCCCAGUUUAUCCUGAAGACUCUGGCGAGUACUCAUGCCGUGCUUUUAAUGAUUACGGUGAAGCAGUUACCACAGCUACAAUGAAUAUUCAAGGUAAAAGAAGCAUUAUAUUUGAAUCGCAGUUGCCUAAGGGCAUGGAAGGAACGAUUGACAAAAUCGCAGAACUGGAAGGUCUUGGGCAUUUGCCAAGCCCGCAAAUACCAGAAGAUGACUCCGGUAAACCUCCAGAAUUUAUUACAACUCCUUCAGAUCUUACAUUAAAUGAAAAUUCAUUAGCACACUUUGAAUGUCGGUUAAUACCAGUAAACGAUCAAAGCAUGCGUGUGGAAUGGUUCCACAAUGGUAAACCUUUGACAACCGGUUCAAGAAUUAAAACAAUCAAUGACUUUGGCUUUGUUAUUCUUGAAGUAGCUGGAUGCUAUCAAAGAGACUCCGGAUUAUAUACAUGUAAAGCGACGAAUAAACAUGGUGAAGCAUCUGUUUCUUGCAAAUUACAAGUUCGAGGACGCCAAGGUAUAAUUCUUGAGCCACAAUUACCGAAUAACUUUAGAACGGGCACUGAAAGCAUUCAGAAAUUAGAAGAAGCUCUACACAAAAAGGAAGAAAUUAUGACCGAUGAAGAAAAACCAGAUCCACCAAGAUUUAUUGUAGAAUUGAAGGAUGUGUUGGAUGUUCAAGAAGGCGGUCCGAUUCAUUUUGAUUGUAGAGUUGAGCCUGUUAGCGAUCCAACUAUGAGAAUUGACUGGUUCCAUAAUGGAAGACCUUUUGCUACCGGAUCCAGGGUACACAUGGUAAACGAUUUUGGUUUUAUAUCAUUGGAUAUGUCAUAUACUUACGCAAGGGAUUCUGGUGAGUAUAUAUGUCGAGCUACCAACAAAUGGGGUUCAGCAACUACAAAAGCAACGAUCACUUGCAAAUCAAAACGAGACAUAAUAUUAGAGUCUCAGUUACCGCAAGGCAUCAGCGGAGAAAAAUUGAAAGAACUUGAACGAGGACCUGUUACAGAAGCUCACAAAGAAGACAAACCUAUGUCACCACCAAAAUUCAUAACCCAAAUUGAAUCUGUCACAAUAGAUGAGUCAGAAAGUGUUCACUUUGAAUGCAGAGUUGAACCUAAAGAUGAUCCUAGGUUACGCGUGGAGUGGUACAGAAAUGGAAAACCUUUGCCAACAGGGCACAGAUUUAAAACUGUCUACGACAUGGGUUUUGUGUCUUUAGAUAUUCUUUAUGCAUAUGCUGAAGACUCUGGUGAAUAUGUAUGCCGGGCUGUAAAUGAUUUAGGAGAAGACACAACAAGGGCCAAUAUCUCAUGCAAAAAAUUGCCAUCAAUUAUUUUGCAAAAUCAAGUACCGAAAGGCAUGAAGCGAUCUGAAACAUUAAUGCAAAUGGAAGCUACUAUUAAAAAGUAUACAUCUGAAAUAUUCUUAACUGAAGAAGAUCUAUAUGACCCUGAUAAAAAGCAACCUCCAAGAUUUGUAACACAAAUUCAGGAUCAGACAACGCUUGUGGAAAUGCAAUCCACCAAAUUUGAAUGCCAACUUGCUCCAGUUGGAGAUCCGAACAUGAAGGUUGAAUGGUUCCUAAAUGGCAAGCCUUUACCUCACAAAAAUCGUUUCACGCCGAUAUAUGACUUUGGAUAUGUUGCUAUGAAUUUUGGCUGGGUCUACCCCGAGGAUAGUGGAGAGUAUUUAUGCAGAGCAACAAAUCUUUAUGGUAUGGAUGAAACUAGAGCGAUUAUAAAAACUGCUGGUAGACCAGGAAUCAUAUAUGAUUCACAACUUCCCAAACAUAUGAAGAGCAUUGAAAGAAUUAGGGAGAUGGAAGCAGCUUGGCAAAUUGUGCCGGACGAACCUGAUGAAGAAUCUAAACCUAAAUGUGCACCUGUGUUUGUUAGCAAACCAGAACCCUGCACAACGGAAGAAGGCGAAUGGGCUAGAUUCUGCUGUAGAGUUACAGGUCAUCCACGUCCUAGAGUUAUGUGGUUAGUUAAUGGUCACACUGUAGUCAACGGUUCAAGAUAUAAAUUAACAUAUGAUGGAAUGUAUCACAUGGAUAUACCAAAAACAAGACAGUAUGAUACAGGAACAGUUGAAGUAAUUGCACGAAAUUCAUGUGGUGAAGCGUUGGCUUCAACAGAACUGAAAGUUAUUCCAAGACAUGACGAUUACAGAGGUGUUCUUAAGAAUUCACCAAGACCUUGGUACGACUACGACCUAACACAAUAUCAAAAAGAACGUGUAGGAACUGAAUUAGAGAAGACCUUCGAAGAAAGACAAGCAUUAUUGGCUCAACAAGGAGGAAUUGAAUUAAAUCCAGAACAUUUGAGACCAAAAGUAAUUAAGCAAGCGGAAACGGAAUGGCAGCAAACAGUCAAAAGUAAGAAGGGCGAAGAAUAUUAUAAUAAACUGCAGGAACUAGAAAAUGAGCAAGUUGUUAAAGAAUCUAAACUUCGUGGUGCUUCACAUCAGUUUGCUAUUCCCGGUGAGAAAUUAGUUGCUAGUUCUAUGGCGAAAGGAAUGGCGCAAAAGUAUCAGGAUAAUCUAGUACAAACUACUGAGACAGCUGUUGAUGCUCCUCCUAAAGCAAAAUAUAUCCAAAAGCCACAUACAACAGAAUAUAUAAUAGAUUCUCAACAUGUCCCAGGUCACCCACCUGAACCUUCAGAAUCAACAGUGCAUGGAAAAGAAGUUCAUGUUGCCAAACAAAAGCAAACACAAAAGGAAACAGUGGGAGAUUUAGAAAUAACCCGCAAGAUUACUGCGACCGAAACGACAGAAGUUGAACACAAGGGCAAAACAUUUGAAAGAGUUGUUCAAGGUCCUGUAAAACCAUCUAAAGCUCCAUUUUUCACAAAGAAAAUUCAACCUUGCAGAGCUUUUGAACAAGAACAAGCUCGUUUUGAAGUGGAAUUUGAUGGCGAUCCUUUACCUACGAUUAAAUGGUAUCGCGAAGAUUUCCCAAUACAGAAUUCUAAAGACUUCCAAAUUCAUACAUUCAGUACAAAAUCUGUAUUAAUUAUUCGCCAAGUGUUCUUAGAAGAUUCUGCUGUGUUUGCGGCAGUAGCAGAGAAUCGUGGAGGUACCGCAAAAUGUAGUGCAAAUUUAGUUGUUGAAGAAAGACGAAGGCAAGGUCGUGGUGGCAAGAUUCCACCUAGUUUUAUAACAACUAUACAAAAUACAAACGUGAACGCUGGACAAUUGGUAAGAUUUGAUGCCCGUAUUUCUGGAACAAAACCAUUAGAUGUAUACUGGCUGAAAAAUGACAAAAAAAUUACUCCUGACAUCCGUUAUAAGACAUUGGAAGAAGAUAAUACAUAUACUCUGUUGAUUAUCGAAGCUUAUCCAGAAGAUACAGGAAAAUAUGAAUGCGUUGCUAUUAAUAGCGCCGGCGAAGCACGUUGCGACGCUGAGUGCUAUGUUCAGGUUCAAACUACACCAAAAUCACCAGGAAAACCAACAACUCCAGGUGUAGAAAAAGCACCUACAAUUAUAGAACCUUUGAAAGAUCAGACCAUUAAAGAAGGGCAGAGUGUUGCUUUUAAAUGCAAAAUUACUGGAAAACCAACGCCCACCAUCAAAUGGCAAAAGGGUGAGAAAGUUAUCAAGCCCUCCAAAUAUUUCCAAAUGCAAAAAGAAGGUGAUACAUGCACACUUAAGAUUUCAGAGGCAUUCCCAGAAGAUGAAGGAAUUUAUAAAUGCAUUGCGAUCAAUGCUGCUGGUAAUGUAAAUACCGUAGCUAAUCUUAAAGUACUGGCACCUGAUACUCAAGACACAUUGCCUGUUCUGACACCAAUGAAAGAUGUAGUAGUGUAUGAAGGUGCACCGGCCCAAUUCAAGACUACUGUGGCCUCAAAAAUAAAACCAACCAUUCAGUGGUUUAGGGAGGGCGAUCUGAUACCAGAGUCACCAGAUUUCCAGAUGAUCCAUGAGGGCUCAAAUGCCGUGUUGCUAAUCUCAUCAACUUACGAAGAAGAUUCUGGUACGUUCACCUGCCGCGCAAUCACAUCGGCUGGUCAAGUGGAAACCUCAGCAAAACUUGUUGUUAAAAAAACUUCACGCACUAAAAUCAAGACAUCAACGAAAAAUACCGAAUCCGAAUUUGAUGAAACCGACUACGUAGAACGUUCUGAAAGGCGAGAUGAUAUCAACUUAACCAAAUUUUCUAAAUCUCAGAAGACACAUGACGAUAUUACUGAUGAAGCAAUUGUACGUAAAGGUGAUGAUAGUUUACCAUGGAGAAAAAAAAAUAAGCCGGGUUUAAAACAGCAACAAAAUGAAUCUGUAUUACCAUGGACUGAAGAAGCUAUAUCUUUAAAGAAAUCAAAAAUAAUUAAAUCAAAAAUUCCCAAAGAAAGUUUAGAAAAUGUGGUUUUGAAACCCGUACCAAAGGGUGAUGUUGAGAAGUGUGAGCCAAAUCUUGAUGAAAAGCAUAAAACGAAAGAUACAGUACAGAAAGAAGGAAUUGUUGAAAUAGAUAAUGUGGAGCAGUAUCAUGAAACUGAGGAUACGAAUUUACUAAAAGUGAAAAAAGAGGAAAAAGAGUUUGAUCGACAUAAAUUAUUAUCAAAAGAAGCUCCACAGGUAACACCUUGGACAGAAGAAGUAAUUAAUCUUAAAAAAAGUAAACCGAUUAAAUCGAAUAUUUCAAAAGAAACACUUGAAGAAGUGUCGCUAAAACCUGUGACAAAAAUAUCUCGUCAGCCCGCAGAUGAUGACAAAGUGAUUAAACAUAAGAUACCUUCCCCAAAAGAUGAGUUUGAAGAAACAGUGAAUGUAGAGAAGCUACAUGAAACUGAAGACAUCAAUCUACUACAAUUGAAAAGCGAAGAGGAAUAUAAACAGCAUAAAAAGUUAUCAAAAGAAGGUAAUCAAGUAACACCGUGGACCCAGGAAACAGUUAAUCUUAAGAAGAGUAGACCGGUUAAAUCAGAAAUUCCAAAAGAAACAGUUGAAGAAGUGUUAUUAAAACCAGUGAUAAAACAAUUUGAUUCAACAGAUAAUAAUAAUAUGGUUAAACAGGAAAAACUUGUAAAUAUAGAUUCGGAUCAAAACGACACCGUAGAACAGUUACAAGAAACGGAGGAUACUAAUAUACUAAAAUUGAAAAAAAAUGAAAAGAAAUAUGAAAAACAUAAAUUGCCACUAAAUGAAGAACCUGAAGCCGAGAUAGAACAGGUUGAUAAGUUGUCAUGGGGACGAGAAAAGAAAGAAAAGCUAGAGCCAGAAGCGCGUGAACAAAUGCAGUUGCCUACAGGCAAGAGAAAAUUUGUGGAACCAGAAAUGUCUGAGCAAGUGGUAUUGAAGCCAUUUAUGAAAAUACCCGAAGAGAAGAAGACGGAACCCGAAGAAGUCGUCUUAAAAUCUAUUUCAAAACCAACUCCAGUUGAGGAACCUAAAAAGGAACAAGAACAGGUUGACAAGUUGCCAUGGCGAAGAGGAAAGAAAGAAAAGCCAGAGCCCGAAGAACCGGAAGAAAAGCAGUGGCCUACAGGCAAGAGAAAACCAGUGGAACCAGAAACGCCUGAACAAGUGGUAUUGAAGCCUUUUAAGAAAAUACCCGAAGAGAAGAAGACGGAGCCUGAAGAAGUCGUCUUAAAAUCUAUUUCAAAACCAACACCAGUUGAGGAACCUAAAAAGGAACAAGAACAGGUUGACAAGCUGCCAUGGCGAAGAGGAAAGAAAGAAAAGCCAGAGUCCGAAGAGCCGGAAGAAAAGCAGUGGCCUACAGGCAAGAGAAAACCAGUGGAACCAGAAACGCCUGAACAAGUGGUAUUGAAGCCUGUUAAGAAAAUACCCGAAGAGAAGAAGACGGAACCCGAAGAAGUCGUAUUAAAAUCUAUUUCAAAACCAACUCCAGUUGAGGAACCUAAAAAGGAACAAGAACAGGUUGACAAGCUGCCAUGGCGAAGAGGAAAGAAAGAAAAACGAGAGUCCGAAACGCCGGAAGAGAAGCAAUGGCCAACAGGAAAGACAAAACCUGUGGAACCAGAAAUGCCUGAACAAGCGGUAUUGAAGCCAUUUCAGAAAAUACCUGAAGAGAAGAAGACGGAGCCUGAAGAAGUCGUCUUACAACCUAUUCCAAAACCAACUCCAGUUGAGGUACCUGAAAAGGAACAAGAACAGGUUGACACACUACCAUGGCGAAGAGGAAAGAAAGAAAAGCCAGAGCCUGAAGCGCCUGAAGAGAAGCAGUGGCCCACAGGUAAGAGGAAACCUAUGGAACCAGAAAUGUCUGAACAAGUGGUAUUGAAGCCUCUUAAGAAAAUACCUGAAGAGAAAAAGACCGAAUCUGAAGAAGUCGUCUUAAAACCUAUUCCUAAAUCAACUCCAGUUGAGGAACCUGAAAAGAAACAAGAACAAGUUGACAAGCUGCCAUGGCGAAGAGCAAAGAAAGAAAAACCUGAGUUCGAAGCGCUUGAAGAAAAACAGUGGCCUAUAGGCAAGAGAAAACCAGUGGAACCAGAAAUGCCUGAACAAGUGGUAUUGAAGCCAUUUAAGAAAAUACCCGAAGAGAAGAAGACGGAGCCCGAAGAAGUUGUCUUAAAAUCUAUUUCAAAACCAGCUCCAGUCGAGGAACCUAAAAAGGAUCAAGAACUGGUUGACAAGCUGCCAUGGCAAAGAGGAGAGAAAGAAAAGGCAGAGCCUGAAGCGCCUGAAGAAAAGCAGUGGCCCACAGGUAAGAGGAAACCUGUGGAACUAGAAAUGCCCGAGCAAGCGGUAUUGAAGCCUUUUAAGAAAAUACCUAAAGAGAAGAAGACGGAACCUGAAGAAGUCGUCUUAAAACCUAUUCCUAAAUCAACACCAAUUGAGGAACCUGAAAAGGAACAAGAACAGGUUGACAAGCUGCCAUGGCGAAGAGAAAAGAAAGAAAAACCAGACUCCGAAGCGCCGGAAGAGAAGCAAUGGCCAACAGGCAAAAGAAAACCUGUGGAACCAGAAAAGCCUGAACAAGUGGUAUUGAAGCCAUUUAAGAAAAUACCUGAAGAGAAGAAGACGGAGCCUGAAGAAAUCGUCUUAAAACCUAUUACAAAACGAACUCCAGUUGAGGAACCUGAAAAGGAACAAGAACAGUUUGACAAACUGCCAUGGCGAAGAGGAAAGAAAGAAAAGCCAGAACCUGAUGCGCACGAAGAAAAACAGUGGCCCACAGGCAAGAGAAAACCCGUGGAAUCAGAAAUGCCUGAACGAGUAGAGUUGAAGCCCUUUAAGAAAUUACCUGACGAUAAGCAGGUAGAACUGGAAGAAGCGGCUGUGGAACAUAUUCCAAAAUCAAGUCCAGUCGAAAAGCACGAUCAGCUUCAAGAAGUUGAAUAUAAGAAGAUUUCAGAUAAAGAGACAAAAGUUCUUCGGAGCAAAGACGAUGAAGAAAAGAUGACCAGACAAAAAAUUGCAAAUUUAGAUUGGAACAAACAAGAUAUCAACUUAAAAAAAGUUUCAAGAUCCAAAUUUGUACCUCAAAAAGUUCAACUUGAACAAGUUGAAUUAAAGCCAGCAAUGAAAAUUGAACCAAGAUUUUCAGAUGAUGAUAGAGAAGAAGUGAAUCUUAAGCCCGUCUCAAAAGAUGAAAAAACACUUAUUGUUGAAGAGACUAUUACUGAAGUUGAAGAUACAAUAGUCUACAAGGUUGCUGAUGAAAAAUUAAGGUCUGAAUCAGAAAAAGUCAUUUUGAAACCUAUUCUAAAACCAUCUCCAGUGGAAAAGCAUGAUAAUCUUCAAGAAGUUGACUUACAGAAGAUUCCAGUUAAAGAACCUGAAACUGAAAAGGAGCAGGUCGACAAGCUGCCAUGGCAAAGAGGAAAGAAAGACAAAUCAGAGCUCGUUGAGCCUGAAGAAAAGCAGUGGCCCACUGGCAAGAGAAAACCUGUGGAACCAGAAAUGCCUGAACAAGUGGUAUUGAAGCCAUUUAAGAAAAUACCCGAAGAGAAGAAGACGGAGUCUGAAGAAGUCGUCUUAAAACUUAUUCCAAAACCAACUCCAGUUGAGAAACCUGAAGAGACACAAGAACAGGUUGGUAAGCUGCCAUGGCAAAGAGGAAAGAAAGAAAAGCCAGAGCCAGAAGCGCUUGAAGAAAAGCAGUGGCCCACAGGCAAGAGAAAACCAGUGGAACCAGAAAUGCCUGAACAAGUGGUAUUGAAGCCAUUUAAAAAAAUACCCGAAGAGAAGAGGACGGUGCCCAAAGAAGUCGUCUUAAAAUCUAUUUCAAAACAAACUCCAGUUGAGGAACCUAAAAAGGAACAAGAACAGGUUGACAAGCUGCCGUGGCGAAAAGGAAAUAAAGAAAAGCCAGAGUCUGAAGCGCCUGAAGAGAAGCAGUGGCCCACAGGUAAGAGAAAACCUAUAGAACCAGAAAUGCCCGAGCAAGUGGUAUUAAAGCCUUUUAAGAAAAUACGUGAAGAGAAGAAGACGGAGCCUGAAGAAGUCAUCAUAAAACCUAUUCCUAAAUCAAUGACAGUUGAGGAACCUGAAAAGGAACAAGAACAGGUUGACAAGCUGCCAUGGCGAAGAGAAAAGAAAGAGAAACCAGACUCCGAAGCGCCGGAAGAGAAGCAAUGGCCAACAGGCAAGAGAAAACCCGUGGAACCAGAAAUGCCUGAACAAGUGGUAUUGAAGCCAUUUAAGAAAAUACCUGAAGAGAAGAAGGCCGAGCCUGAAGAAAUCAUCUUAAAACCUAUUCCAAAACCAUCUUCAGUUGAGGAACCUAAAAAGGAACAAGAACAGGUUGACAAGCUGCUAUGGCAAAGAGGAAAGAAAGAAAAGCCAGAGCCUGAAGCACCUGAAGAGAAGCAGUGGCCCACAGGUAAGAGAAAACCUGUGGAACCAGAAAUGCCUGAGCAAGUGGUAUUGAAGCCUUUUAAGAAAAUAACGGAAGAAAAAAAGACGGAGCCUGAAGAAGUCGUCUUAAAACCUAUUCCUAAAUCAACUCCAAUUGAGGAACCUGAAAAGGAAAAAGAACAGGUUGACAAGCUGCCAUCGCGAAGAGAAAAGAAAGAAAAACCAGACUCUGAAGCGCCGGAAGAGAAGCAAUGGCCAACAGGCGAGAGAAAACCCGUGGAACCAGAAAUGCCUGAACAAGUGGUAUUGAAGCCAUUUAAGAAAAUACCUGAAGAGAAGAAGGCCGAGCCUGAAGAAAUCAUCUUAAAACCUAUUCCAAAACCAUCUUCAGUUGAGGAACCUAAAAAGGAACAAGAACAGGUUGACAAGCUGCUAUGGCAAAGAGGAAAGAAAGAAAAGCCAGAGCCUGAAGCACCUGAAGAGAAGCAGUGGCCCACAGGUAAGAGAAAACCUGUGGAACCAGAAAUGCCUGAGCAAGUGGUAUUGAAGCCUUUUAAGAAAAUAACUGAAGAGAAAAAGACGGAGCCUGAAGAAGUCGUCUUAAAACCUAUUCCUAAAUCAACUCCAAUUGAGGAACCUGAAAAGGAACAAGAACAGGUUGACAAGCUGCCAUGGCGAAGAGAAAAGAAAGAAAAACCAGACUCCGAAGUGCCGGAAGAGAAGCAAUGGCCAACAGGCAAGAGAAAACCCGUGGAACCAGAAAUGCCUGAACAAGUGGUAUUGAAGCCAUUUAAGAAAAUACCUGAAGAGAAGAAGGUCGAGCCUGAAGAAAUCGUCCUAAAACCUAUUCCAAAACCAACUCCAGUUGAGGAACCUGAAAAGGAACAAGAACAGGUUGACAAACUACCAUGGCGAAGAGGAAAAAAAGAAAAGCCAGAGCCUGAAGCGCCUGAAGAGAAGCAGUGGCCCACAGGUAAGAGGAAACCUAUGGAACCAGAAACGUCUGAGCAAGUAGUAUUGAAGCCUUUUAAGAAAAUACCUGAAGAAAAAAAGACCGAAUCUGAAGAAGUUGUCUUAAAACCUAUUCCUAAAUCAACUCCAGUUGAGGAACCUGAAAAGGAACAAGAGCAGGUUGACAAGCUGCCAUGGCGAAGAGAAAAGAAAGAAAAACCAAAGUCCGAAGCGCCGGAAGAGAAGCAAUGGCCAACAGGCAAGAGAAAACCCGUGGAACUAGAAAUGCCUGAACAAGUGGUAUUGAAGCCAUUUAAGAAAAUACCCGAAGAAAAGAAGACAGAGCCUGAAGAAGUGGUUUUAAAACCUGUACCAAAAUUAGCUCCAGUAAAGAAGCAAGGUCAAGAAGUUGAGUUAGAGGAUGCUGCACAGAAGUCUUUACAAACAAUGUCUGAACAGGAAGUCAUAAUAUCGAAAAUAAAGAAAGAAAAGAAAAUUAAAAACAAAAUCGCCCAAAAAGCGCCUUCAUUUGUUAAAAAAGUACAGCCGACAAUAGUAGAAUCUGAAAAGCCUGUGGAAUUAACUUGCCAAUUUGAAGGAAAGCCGAGUCCAAAAAUUACUUGGUACCACAAUGACGUCGAGUUGAAGGCAUCCGAAAGAGUUUUUAUAACUGUUACCGAACAAAGCACUAAGCUCCGUAUUGCUAAGGCAUUACCACAAGAUGUCGGUGUAUAUACUUGUAAAGCAGUGAAUGAUUUUGGCAUGGCAACCUCUACCGCAAAGCUGCUAAUUUUAGAAGCCGAAGAAGAAGGCAUAGCUCCACAGUUUGUACCUCCGAUCAAACCCAAAGUUGUUGAAGAGAAUAAACAAUCAUUUUUGGAAUGCAGAGCUAUUGGAACACCUGCACCACGUGUGCUUUGGUUCAAGGGAGAAAAGGAGAUUAAAAGUGAUAAAAAGCAUACGAUUCAAUAUAAUUCAGAAACCGGUGAUGCUAAAUUAAUAGUACAUGAAACCAACAUAAAUGAUGAGCAGAUAUAUAAAGUCAAAGCAAUUAAUAAGUUCGGAACGGCGGAGUGCCGAGCCAAUUUAAUUUUACAAAAGUCUGUGGAGGUCAUUAAACCUACAGUUGUAGAGGCACCUAAAUUUGUGAAACCUAUUAAAGCACAAAUAGUAUCAAGUAAGGAUCAUGUGAAUUUAGAUGCUGAAUUUGAAGGAAUACCCGAGCCUGAAAUUACAUGGUAUCGUAAUGGUAAAACUAUAAUAUCAACUGCAGAAAUUCAAAUAAAAACUCAAAAUUAUCGUACAAAUCUAUACAUCGCUCCCUCUUGUAAGCAAAAAAGCGGUAAUUAUGAGGUCAGAGCUGUAAACGACGGCGGAGAAGCAAAAUCAUCAUGUUCUGUGAAAGUAUCUGAUGAUGAGGAAAUGAAGAAGGUUAAAGCUCCUAGAUUUAUAAAACCUUUGAAACCUGAGAUUGUUACUCCAGGAGAGGUAGUAAUAUUGGAAACUAUAGUGGAAGCAUUUCCGACAGCUACUUUCCAAUGGUUUAUGCAAUCGCGUCCAAUAUUAAGUUCUGAGGAAGUAAGAAUUAAUUCGGCAGAGAAUAAAUCUGUAUUAAUACUACAAUCUGUUUCGAAAGAACAAAUCGGUCUUUACACAUGCAGAGCGGAAAACGUUGGAGGUUCAGCUACUUGUACUGCCAACAUCGCAAUCUUAGAAGAAGAGGUUCAUGAGAAAAUUGUUGAGUUUAGUUCUCCCUAUUUCACAGAGAAGAUAAAACCCGUGAUAGUGAUGGACGGUGAAAAAGUAACAUUAACAUGCAAAAUUACUGGAAAACCUACGCCACGUAUAAAAUGGCUUCACAAUGAGAAAGAAAUUGAAGAAGCCAAAGAUAUAUCAAUAUCUCAAGACACAGAAGGACUUUGCGAAUUAUGCAUAGAGGAAGUGUUUCCUGAAAAUGCUGGAGAAUACAUUUGUGAGGCUACCAAUAAAUUUGGAAAAGCUACAUGUAAAACAACUGUGGUUGUGGAAGCUUAUGAAUAUGUUCCUGAUUCUGAAAUUGUUAGUCCCACAAUAGCAAGUCUUUCCGAAGAAGAAAUAGUAGAAGAGGAGAUAAUUGAGGAAGAUGAAACAAUACUAACAGAAGAAUAUUCACCAAAAAUCGUGAAAAAAUUACCUGAAGUUUUGGAAACUAAAGAGGGUCAUCUUACUAGGCUUGAAGUUAAAGCUAUCGGUAAACCUAAACCAGAACUUAAAUGGUUUAGACAUGGAACAGAGAUAAUUUCAUCAAACGACUUCCAAAUUGAAAACUUCGAAGAUGGUACUUCUGUUUUAACUAUAACUGAAGUAUAUCCAGAUGAUACUGGUGAUAUUGUCUUUGAGGCACAUAAUCCAUUAGGCGUAGCAAUGACAACCACAGAAUUGUCGGUUGAAGGUAUACUAGGAACAAAAGAGUACCGAAAACCAGAAUGGGUUACUCACAUGGAAGAACGUAAAUCUACAGCUAAAGCAGCACAAGCUGUUCCCACUUUUGUUAAAGAAAUAGUGGAUAUACGAGCUGAAGAAGAAGAUGCGGUGACAUUUGAAUGUCAGUACUCUGGGCAACCUACUCCAGAUGUAGUUUGGUACCAUAAUGAUAAGCCCUUAAGAAACACAGAAAAGAUUAAAAUUACAAUUCAUAAAAAUCACUCGAUGUGCACUAUCAAGAGUGUAAGUUUGGAAGAUCAAGGUAUAUAUGUAUGUAAAGCAACAAGCGAGGCAGGAAUGUCAAUUACAAAAGCACAGUUGCAAGUAACGGAAAUGUCUGAAGAGAAAAAAUUGAAGAUACAUAAAGCAAAGGAAAGAAAUGUUGAGAAAUUAAAAGAAAAGGUUACUCUUCACAAAACUGAAAAAAUACCAAAGAAAUCUCAAGCUUCAAUUGCGAUUGAAGAAAAAAGUGCAACUGAUGUUUCACAUAUAGAUACCAUAGAGACGGUGAAAUACAUAAAAGAUGAAAUUAAACCUAAAGAAAAGGCAAAAACGAAAGUUACCAUAGAACAACCAGUAAUAACAUCUGCUACUGCAUCAUGCAAGAAAAUUGAUGACACCACUGUAACGAUCAAAGAAAUCAAAGAAGUAGCAGAACCAAAGCAACCACUCAAAGAAUCAAUCAUUGUUCAUGAUAUUCAAGUUGAGGGAACUAUUGAAGAGUUUGUUCGGGAUGUAAUAAAGAAGCGCGGCGUUAAAGUGACGCGACAAGAAGUCAAUAAACUCUCUUCUGAAAUCAAUGAGACUAUGCAAUAUAUUGGUGUUAAAGAAUUCUCAGCAGGAGAAAAUCCUUUGCAAGAAUUGGCAAAAAUAGAUUUCAUGGUUCGCCAUGGUAUUACAACAAAUGAAGUGAUGAGCCUAUAUGAUGCAAACAAAUUUCCAGCAUUAAGAAAACCAGAAUCACAAUCUGCAUUAGUGCAGGUAAUUGAACGUAAAGGGCAUGGUCCCAUUAUAUCAGAAAUUUUAACACAGGAAAGUGUUGUGAGUGAAGAUUUCCUAACACAACGGCUAGGGUUUAAGGCACUUAUGAGGACUGUCGAAUUAAAAUAUGUAACUGUUGAGGAAGUGAUUACACACUUUAGGACUGAGGCUUUCAAUAUACAGUCAGUUAAAAAAAUAGAGGCAAAUGAGGUUGUUAUUGGAGAACUUCAAAAGGCUAAAGUACAGAAAACACAUAUUGAAAAAUCUGUUGACGCAUCCAUAACACAAGAAAAACAAGUUAUUAUUCACAAAAAGCCAAAACAAGAUAAAAAAGACAUGGAAGAAGAAACUACAGAAACAACAGUAAGUACAACUUUGGUGACUGAAAAAGACAAAACACUCAAAAAGCAAAACAAAACUAAAAAAAUAAUUCAACAACAAUCUGAGGAAGAAGAAGAAAUUGAGGUUGAAAUCGUGGGUGGCGGCAAACGUAUUAUUAAAAAGGUGAUCCGUGGUACGAGACCGGACAUAGUUGAAGAGGACGUUGAUGAAGAAUUUAUUGAUGAAUUUUCGCCAAAAUGCGAGACGUAUUUGCGAGAAAUACCUUUUAUUAGUGCUUCGCAUACACUUGAAACUGUUGGCGUAGAUCAGUCUGCAGAAUUAGCAACUGGAAAGCCUAGUUCCCAAAAAGCUAACGUAUCGAUAAACACACAUACUGCUUUAGUUGAGCAUGAGAUUCGAGCAGAUGAACAUGAGGAAGAAGGUACUUCCAUAACACAAAUAAACGUUUCGGCAAAACCUAACUUUGAAGCUGUUAUGCCAUAUACUGUUACUGAACCAGAUGUACAAAACCAAGUCGAUACUUUCGAUGAGAAAUGGACUCCGCGAUCGUUUGAAGCUUCAUCAGAUAUAAUCCUAACUGAAGGCAUUCAAAUAUCUGAGACUAAAUCAGAUACUGAUUUAAAAACCUUCAUGAAAAAGACUGAAACAUCAGUAAAUGCAUCAAUAAAUCUUUUACAGCAAGAAGCUACGAAUGUGACUCAAACUGAAGUAUCAUAUAAAGAAGAAUACUUUACUGAUAAAUUGCCAAUGAGAGGAAUUACAGCAUCGCAGAAUGUUAUUACACAAGAAGGUUUGAGUGUAUAUGAAGUGUGCGAUGCCACUGCUGAAGAUAACUUGAGUUCAUUCUCUAUACCAUCAAGUUUGAAGCCAAAGUUCCAAAUUCCAUCAAAUGAACCCAUUUUGGUUGGAGAAGUAUUUGUAGAAGAUAAGCCAGGAAAAUAUGUGCCAGAACAAUUUGUUGCAACAGAAUCUGCUAGUCAAAGUAUAAUAACACAACAACAAAGGACUACAUUUGUUACACAUGCUCCUGAAAUGGAAGGAGAUUUUGUUCCUGGUAGAUUACCACCAACUCAGAAUGCUAAUUUCCAAGUAAUAACUAAAGAAACAAUAUUAACAAGCGAACAUGCAGUUCAUGAGAAAGAAGAAGAAUUUACUGAAGGAAAAUUACCUAACAUGUUCAAUGCAGUACCUGAUAUCACAUCUUCUGAAGCAAUUACUAUUGAUAUCGUAGAUACACAAAUGCCACAGAAAGAUCUUACAGUUUCUCAAGAAGACCGAUUUGUUGCAGAUGUUUCUUUUACAGAAAAAGAAUCUCUAAUCGGGCACUAUACUAUAACACAUGAGAAUGAGGAAGCAAUGAAUGAGCUGGAAAAACCUAAAGGAAAGAAAGCGGAUACAACUUUCACUUUACUUGAAUCAAAAGAUGUUUUUGCAGCUACUGUGCAAGAGUCAGAAGGAGAUUUUAAAGAACUACGUAAACCAACAACUGCACUUGCAAAUAAAGAUUAUUUGCCAGAAAAAUCGUUGUUGAUAUCAGAAGUAAUAUCAUCUGACUCUCAUGGUGAAUUUACUGACCGAAUUACACUUUCAUCCGACAUUGCGGAAAUUAAUAUGGAAACAUUACAAGCCAAAUCUGUGCAAACAGUUCAAACGCAAGAAAACGAAAAUAUAUUAGAGGAGAAACCGAAACCAUCACCGUCUUACAUUCAGCAGAGUGUUAAUGAACUCGAAACCUUGACAGUAAUCCAAUCACAAGUUCAUGAAUCUGAAAAUUUAUUGAGCAGUGACGUAUUUCCGGAAGCGCAUCAUGGUAAAACAGCUUUUGAUCAGUUCUUGCAGUCAGCUAUAACUGAAGAAAUAAAUCCGGCUAAUACAGUAAAUACUAUUAGCAAAGAUCAACCUCUGUCGGGGCAUGCUAAAACUCAAUUAGAUGAACUUCAAGAAAUCAUAGUGGAGGAAGCAGUUGUGGGAGAUAAUAUAAAACCUUAUGAUAAAGAUGCAAGACCAGAAAGCAAGUUGGCAACUUUAAGCAUGCUGAAUAAGGAAAGUUUUACUGUUUCACAAAUAUUCGCUCAAGAUAAGGAAUCUCCUUAUGAAAUUCAUCACAAACCUGAAUCAUUCAAAGCAAAAACAGAAUAUAGUUCCAAUACCGUUGCCAUUCAAAGUGAGGUUUAUCCUAAAAUAGAAACUGGUAUUCUUGAUCUACCUGCACCAAAAGCAGAUAAAGCUAAAGCAGAAUCUGACUCCUUGCAAUCAAUAAUUGUUAAUGAGGCUUAUAUGAUUGAAAAAGAAGGUAAAUUCGAUAAAUUGUUAAAGCCUGAAGAAAAAUCAGCUUUUAUUCAAAUAGAUGAAAUCAUGUCAAGCCUCAAUAUAUCCGAAGUUGAUGUUCACGAUCGCGAAGAUGAACAAAAAUUGACAGAACCUGCUAAGCCAAUAACUGCUUCAACAUCAAUUAGAACAAAUCAAGCUGCUGAAACUACUAUUGUCAGCACAGAACUGCAACCGAAAUCAUUGAAACCUGAUAUACCUUUGCAAGCAUCGGCCAACUUGGACAAUCAACCAUUAUCAGAAAUUAUUAUAACGCAAGCCACUGUUAAUGAAGUGGAACAAAAAUUAGAUGAUUUCAUUAUUACAGAGAAGAAAGCAGACAUUAACUUUGAUGAAGAGCAAGGGGUAAUUAUUUUCGAAACAAACAUAAAUGACAAGGAAAAUAAACUGCAAGGUCUUAUUAUGCCCGCAGGAAUUAAAGCGAAAUCUGAAAUUUCUGGUAGAAAGGUCACAGUUCAAGAGGAAGUUGUAUCUCAUUGUUUAGAAAGUGAAUUGAAGGUUGAGCAACCGGAAAAACAAAAGGCUAGGGCUGACCAAGAAAGUUUCCAAGUUGCUAUGAACAUGCAACAAAUAACAGCAGAAUUGGAAGACACUUAUAGUCAGAAAAUUUUACCAGAUAGUAAGCAUGCUGAUAUUUCCUUUAUUGAAGGAAAAUCUUUAUCUGUAUCCCAAGUAAUUGCACAGGACAAUGAGUCGCAGCUAAAAUCUACUGAAUUACCAGAGACUAAAGAAGUGAGUUUUGAAAUUUAUGGGCAUAUAGUAGCCCAGCAAAAUGUAGUUGUCCCAGAUAAUUCUGCUGAUAUAUUGAAGAUGGUUUCAAAUAAAUACGAAUCAGCAGCAGAUAGCAUAAUUCCGUAUAAAGCUCCCGUUAAGGUCGAAACAGUCUGCAAUGAAUUAGAAAAAACAUUUGAUGACAAAUUCACACCCGAUACUAAAAAGGCUUCAGCUGCUUAUGAGGAAACUAGAGGUGUUGAAGUAUCUGAAACUUUAAGUCAGGAUAAUACAGAUAGUUUACAAAUUUUAGAAAAACCCAAAGAAAAAACUGCUGUAACGGACGUCACAGGACAUGAUAUUGCCCAAACAACUGAAGUAUUAUCCUUAACUAAUGUGUCGGAUUUGCGGGAUAUUAAAUAUGAUACUGAAUUUGCUAAAGCUGCACAAACACAAUAUGAAUCUGUUAUUAAUACCUGCGCGGAAGUUAAUGAAUCAGAAUCUCUUCUCGUGCCUAAAGCUCAACCAACAAAGGUACAGUCAAAUAUUAACUUUGAAGAAAAGCACAGCAUUCACGUUACAUCGGUUGAACUUGACUCUAAAGAGACAGAUAUGACAGCAAAGUCUCAACCAACUUCAUUCACAGCCGAUACUUCUAUAUCAGGGCAAGACUCUGUUAUAACUUCUGAAGUUUUGCCUGCAGAAGUGUUAGGUGAGUACAAGAGUCUUGAUACAAUUGGGAAGCAUGGCACUGAGAAAACUAUUCCGUAUAUACCUUUAGAGAAUUUUGAAAGCCAGAUAAUUGAAAGUGAAUGUGAUUUCAAGGGAUCAUUUACCCCUUUUUCCAUGAAUGCGGAACUAGAAUUUGUUAAAGGUCAUGGACUGACUGUGACACAAGUAACUGCAGCUGACAUGGAGCAUGAAAUGAAACCACUGGAACUUCCCAGUUAUAACAAAGUUUCUGGUAACAUAGAGCAAGCUCAAAAUAUUGCAGAAAAAUCGGAAAUUCAGACUCAUUUAGGAAUUAAAUUUAUUGAUACCACACAACCCUUAACAAUGGAAGCCAAAACAUCACAAGAUGCCUCUCAUAGUAUUUUAGUUACAAGCGUUGAAAUAGAUGAAAGUGAAAAGGAGUUUGAACCAUUACAAAAGCCGAGUAUGAAACAAGUACAAGUAAAUCUAUCUGAAGGAAAAGCUGUACAUGUAGUUUCUGAAAUAAUCCCUAGUGAUAAAGAAGCUGCUUUUAAGAAUGAUUUCCAAAUAAAAUCAGACGUGGCUUCUCAUAAAAUAUCAGGAUGUAUUAUAGCGGAAAAAAGCGAAGUUCUUUGCGAACAAUCACUUGGGGUGGUUAGAAAAGAUACUGUACAAGAGGCUAAUGCAAAACAAGAACAUAUCACAGUUGAAUCUAUAACGCAAAAUGAAGUGAUACUGCGAGAAAAGGAAGAAGAAUUUAUUGGAAAACCUAUAUUUAAACCAACGGAACAGGCAAAAUUAACACACAUCUCCCAAGAGCCCAUUGUUGUUACAGAAAAUGUAACUACCCAAAUAAAUGAACAACUUGAGCCGCAUAAACAACCAGAGCAAAAACAUGCAACUAAGGAAAUAUUUGGCAUUUCAAUCGCUGAAAAAAUGGAAGUGUCUGCGGUCGAUGGCCUUGGGUCUGUUGGAAAAGAAGAUCUUCAUUCUGUAACAGCAAAGGAACAUCAGGAUCUAAUCGAAUCUUUAACUCAAACGCAAAUAAUUGUUCAGGAAAAAGAAGAUGAUUUUAGCGAAAAACCUAAGAUUGAAGAAACUGCUAAAUUGAUGCAAAAUGUGCAAGAACACAUUACUGUUACAGAACCUGUAAUUGAUCAAACACAUGACAAUUUACAAGUAGAGCAGUUUCCGGAAGGCAAAAAAGCUUUUAAGAAUGUAUCUGGAAAAACUAUUGCUGAGAAAUCUGAAAUAUUGUGUGAAAUGGCUUUAGGCACGAUUGAUCAAACACAAACAAAGGGUGUAACAGCACAAGAAAAACAUGUUUUGGCAGAAUCAAUAAUACAAAUACAAACUUUAUUAGAAGAGAAGGAAAAGGAAUUUACUGAAAGACCGGGAUCUACCGAUAAAGCAAAAUUAUUGCAACCUACACAAGAAUCUCUUAUAGUUACAGAACUUACAAGUAAUCAAGCACAUGGACAACUAUUGCCCGAGAAGCAGCCCGAGGGAAAGCAAGCCACACAGCAAAUAUCUGGGAAAAAAAUAGCAGAACAAAUGGAAGUUCAAUCUGAAUUGGCUUUGGGUUGCAUUGAAGGUGAUGUAGUGCAGAGAGUGACAGCCAACAGAAAUCAGACUAUAGUUGAAUCUUUAACUCAAACAGAAGUGGUACUUCGUGAAAAAGAAAGUGAGUUUGUUGAAGAUACUAAGAGAUUAGAUAAUGCAAAAUUAAUACAAAAACCGCAAGAACCUCUUAUUGUAACCGAAAAUAUAAUGAGUCAGACAAAUGUAGAACUUGAACUACAAAAGAAACCGGAAAUAAAACAAGCCAAAACUGCGGUGAACGAAAACGAAGCAAUUAUAAUCAGUUUGAUAGACUCUCAAGAAAUGAAUAAUGAUUAUGUCGUUCAAGGAACUAAAACGUCGCAAGCCACCCGCGUGCAAACUACAGAAUCCAGUAUUCAAAAAGAAGAAAUUAUCCCUGUACAAAAUGUUGAAUUGAUUAAGGAUAAGGGUGUACAAAGAACUGAACAUAUAGAACCUAAAUUAGAGGACACUGAACUUAAUAGCGUCGAAAUACUAGAGAUGAAAACAACGGGUGAAUUGGAAUCAAUUUUGCCAGAAAUGACAAAACCACAACAAAAGCGAGCCAGUAUAUCAUACGAAGAAAUAAAAACUUUCCAAAUUACAGAAACACAUUUACAAGAGGCAGAAGAUUUACCGCAGAUUGAUAAAAUCAAUAUCACAAAAGCCAAUGUUAUACAUACACACACUGAAUCACAUACAGUUACUGAAAAUAUACCUACAAUUUUAAAAGCAAAUGAUUCUGAUAAAUCUGACGAAGAAAUUAGCGAAUUUAUUACCACUUUUGACACAUCCACUGAUGGUAGCACUAUUACAAAACGCACUACCAAACGUACAACAAAAAAGAAAAAAUUGCGCCCAGGUUUAGAGCAAGAUGCAGGUGUAGUAAUCGAAGAAUUCUUGGACGAACCAUUAGCUGAAAAGUUUGUUAGCGAACAUGUUCCUGAUGUUUCAUUUACUGAAUUAACAGAAGUUGAAACUGACCUACAAACAGAAUUGCCCCAUCAAGACGUUAGUCUUGUCGAUGAGAAUGCAAUUGUUGAAGAGUUAGUAAAAUCUGAAGACAUUGAAUAUGUGAGAAGAAAUAGUCUUAAUAUUAUAGAAUUACCAGAAGAAGUAGAAGUUGUUGAAAUAAAAUCAUUCUUCGGCAAGCCUAAGAAACGUGUUUCUCGAAAACGAACUUUGAAGAAACAACAAGGCGACAAGGAAGAGAUUACAAGAAUAGUUACUAUAGAAGAAGACGGAAAGGAGCCAUUUGUUACCGCCACUACAGAAAUAGUUGAUAUUACAGAAGAUAAUUUUACACCAUUGCCUAAAUCUGAUUCUUUACAGGAACAUUGUGUAGUCGAGCUUCCAGAACAAGUUGAAGUUACUGAAAUUAAAUCAUUCUUUGGAAAGCCAAAAACUAGAACAACUCGAAAAAGAACAAUUAAAAAAGAUUUAGGGGAUAAAGAUGAAAUUACUACAAUAGUUACAGUCACUGAAGAUAACAGUGAACCUAAGGUUCUGGUCUCAACUGAAUUUAUAGUAAAGCCAGAUAUUGAAGAAACUAAUAUACUCGAGGAAACGAUCGAUAAUUAUGUGAAAGAACUUCGCGCUUCUGCUCUUGAAAAGACAGCCGUGGUUGACAUAUCUGAGGUUAUCGAUGAUAAAAAGAAAAUUUCAAAACAGACUGUUACAACAAAAGUUCUUCCGACACUAGUUCACGAAGAAGAGAAGGUUACUGAAAUGAUUACCGCAGAAACUCUUAGUCAAGAGUCUUAUAUGAGUACUGUGGAUAAUGAGUUACACGAGCCUGUAAGUACAACACUGGAUACAUUCGAAACACCAGAGGUAAUUGAUGUAACUGAAUUCACAUUGCCCUCUGGUGAAAAACAGACAAAAAUCAUUAAGAAGCGUACUUUUAAGAAAGUUAUUGGCGAUAAAGUAGAAGUAACCAAUAUUGUAAGCACUAUUGAAGAUGGCGAAGAACCAGAAACUUGUAUCACUGUCGAAAUUGUUGAAAACCCCGAGGAGAAUAUAGUGUACGAAAUACCUGAAGUCGAAGAAGCUACGAAAGUCAAAAAGCGAAAACCUAAAAUUACAGAAAAAAUUGAGGAGAGAAAAAUUGAGGACAAAAUUGAAAGCGAGGUUUUACGAAGAGAAAUAGAUGAAGAAUCAACAGAAAAAUUGGAGAUUAAAUCACAAGAAAAUGUUGAAGGUGAGAAACCUACGAAAAUUAAAAAACCUAAACAAAAGAAACCAAAAAUCGAUGAUAAGUCAGAAGAAGAGCAAAUAGAAGAUGUAACUCCAGACUUGGAUCAUGAACCAGAAGAAAUCGAUCGAACCGAGUCUUCUCAAAUCUUGGACAAACUGAAAAAACCUAAGAAAAUUAAGCUACCAAAAGAAGAUGAACCUAAAGUAGAAGAAGAAACACAGGAGAUUAAUCAAAUUGUAGAUGUGUUUCCAAAGGAUUCUGAUACUGAGUCUUUUCAAACCGUAGACAAACCAAACAAGCCUAAAAAAGUUAAGAUGCCUAAAAAAGAGGAACAAAUACCUAAAGAUAAAAUUGAAGAGAAGGUUGAAAUUGAAGAUUUGGCUCCUGUGGCUUCUGAUUCUGAGCCUGUUCAAACCAUGGACAAGCCGAAAAAGCCUAAAAAAGUUCAGGUGCCUGAAAAAGAGGAACAAAAACCAAAAGAUGAAAUUGAAGAGAAAAUUGAAAUUGAAGAUUUAGCUCCACAGGGUUCUGAUACUGAGUCUGUUCAAACCAUAGACAAACCGAAAAGGUCUAAAAAAGAUAAGAUGCCUAAAAACGAGGGACAAAUACCAAAAGAUGAAAUUGGAGAAAAGGUGGAGAUUGAAGAUUUGGCUCCUGAGGGUUCUGAUUCUGAGCCCGUUCAACGCAUAGAGAAACCGAAAAAGCCUAAAAAAGUUAAGAUGCCCAGAAAGGAGGAACAUAUAUCAAAAGAUGAAAUUGAAGAAAAAGUUGACAUUGAAGAUUUGGCUCCUGAGGGUUCUGAUUCUGAGCCACGCAUCGACAAACCGAAAAAGCCUAAAAAAGUUGAAAUGCCGAAAAAAGAGGAGCAAGUACCAAAAGAUAAAGAAGAUGAGACUGCUCAAGUCCUAGAGGAAGUGAAGAAGCGUAAGAAAAUUAAAACACCCAAAGAAGAGGAACUUCAAGUAGAAGAAAAAAUACAAGAGAAAGUUCAAAUUGAACAUGAGGUUUCAGAACAAUAUGAAAUUAAGCCUACUCAAAUUCUAGAUGAAGUAAAGAAGCCCAAGAAAAUUAAAGCGCCCAAAAAAGAAAAACCUCAAGAAGAAGAAGAAACAAGGGAGCAAGAGGAUAAGGAUACUGAGCCCGCUCAAAACGUGGCUGAUAUAAAGGAGGAACCAGAAACGAGAAGUCAAACAGAAGAAAUAGUUAAUAUUGAAGAUAUAGCUCCAGAAAUAUCUGAAGUUGAGUCUGUUCUAAUUAUAGAGGAACCGAAUAAAUCUAAAAAAAUUAAAAAGCCUAAAAAAGAGAAAUCACAAGUCGAGGAAAAAAUGAGAGAACAAAUUAAUAAUGAGCCUUCUUCUACUACAGAUGAAAAGCAGAAGCCCACGAAAGUUCAAAAACACAAAAAAAUUGAACCAAAAACAGAAAAUGAACUAAAGGAGAUAGAUCAAAUUGAAAAUAUAGCUCCAGAAGAUUAUGAAGAUCAGCCUGAAAUUGAAACGGAGAAAACAGAUCAACAAGUAAAUAAGCAAAAAAUUAAACCUAAGUUAGAAAGUGUUACCUUGAUGAAAAUUGAAAAGAAAGAAAUGAAACCCACAAAAGUAAAGAUUGAUAAAGCGGAAGAGUUACCUCAAUUUGCCACAAUAAAACUUAAAAAAUCACAUAGCACACCAAAAAAGAAAGAAGAAGAUAAAGUCGAACUACCCAAAUUUUUGUUGAAAAGCCGGAUAAAGCGAUGUGAAUAUCCUCCUCAACCACUCUUUCUUAAAAUUACAAAUAUAAAUGCAGUUAGGGAUAAUGGCACGUUAUCCCGUAAUGUACAAGAAGCAGUUAAAGUUUUAAGAAAAAAAUACAAGAAAGUCAAAUUACCAGAGAAAUUUGAACCAGACUUGGAAGUCAACACGCUCAAAAUAGAUGAGGAUGUUCCAUCAUCUCCUGAAACAAAAUUGGAUGAUAAUUUGUUUGAUAAAUUACCUGUAAAACAAAAUAAAGAGCCUGAGGAAACAGGCAAAUUGAAAAUUAAAAAAGGAAAAUUACCUGAGAAUAAAAGUAUUGAUGAUGAAAAAAUAAAAUUAAACAAAGUACCAGAUAAAGAGUUGAAUAAUAUAGAAGAAGUUUCAAAUAAGCCAAAACAACAAGAAAAAGAGGAACAUUUAAAACCGAAGAAAGAAGAGCCUGUUGUGCAUGAUAUUGAGCCAUUUGUAGGUACUGACAUAAAUUACGAAACGCCAGAAAAAGAAGCAUUAGAAACGUUUGACAAACCCGUUGAAGCUAAAGAUAUGCCGGAAGGUAAAGAAUUGACGCAAAAAAGAACAAGAAAACAUAAGCCAGAUCCUGAAAUUAUUCAUGUUCCGUUAGAGAAGGGUAUACCAAAACCUAAAGACACUGAAGAUGACAAUGACAUCAAGUUUCGUAUUUCUCAAAAAGAUAAACCUGAUAAUGAGCUUGACAAUAUUGUAUUAAAACCAUUCUCUAAACCAGUUCCUGAUUCAGAUAAAGAAUUGAAGGGUAAUGAUUGCGAUAUGAGUUUGAAACCUAUUACAUCAAAAGAUGACUAUGAUCAAGUUGAACAAAAACUAAAGAAAAAGAAAUUAAAACUGAAACCAAAAUUAGAUGAUAAGGAACCCAUCAGUGAAGAGCAUAUUGUGGAUGAAAAUGUUCCAGAAGAAGUAAAAAUUGAAAAGUCAGUUGAGGAUCUAAAAGAGCAAAAUAUCGAAAAACCGAAGAAAUCUGAACCAAAAACAGAUAUGCCACUCACUACGAACGAGGAAUUCAUCAAAGAUGAUGAGCAAAUCAUAAGCUCAAUCACUAGUUCAAUAAAUGAUAAAGAAAAAUAUAAAGUGAAAGUACCCAAAAAGAAAAAAAUAGAACCUGUAGAAACAAAUGAUAAGCCAGUUUUGGAGCCAAAACAACCUAUUGAAGAAGAGUCAACUAGUGAAGUACCAGACGUGGAGAAAACGGAUGAUUUAAAGGCCAUGGUUGAAAAUCCAGAUGAGGAAUCUCUGUUGGAGAAACCAAAUGAAGAAGAUGUCAAUGCGGCUGAAGAAGUUAUGCAAGUACCAGAUGAUAAAAAGAAAGCGAAAAGAAAACCAGAAGAAAACAAACGAUCAAAGACAGACAUUGUCCCUCUACAACCGGAAGAUUUGCAUACAGAGGCGAUUGAAGAAAUUAAUGAUGAUAAUAAACUUCAAAAACCUGAAGAACCGUUUAGAGUAGAUAAAAAUAUCAUUGAUAAAUAUAGUGAUACGGUACAAGUAAGUGAAGACAAUUCACACCCAACAUUAUCACCUACCAUAACACCACAACCUACACCGCCGAAACCUACAAUUGAAAACGAAGAAUUAUCCGACAUUGCUAAAUCGCAGGAAGAAUCCAAGAUAGAAAAAUUGAAAAAACCGAAGAAAAUUGAAGAAAAAAUUCCAGAAAACAAAAAAGAUGAACCCGAAGAAAUAGUAACUGAAACUUCUGAAGAAGUUCAAGAAACAUUUGGAGAUGAAAAACCGAAAGAUCUGAAGAAACGAAAAGUUAAAAAGCCUAAAAAAGAAGAAUCAACAAUUAUGGAUGACACCGAAAAGCCAGCAGAUGUUAAAAUUGAUGACACUAAACUUGAAGAAGAAGAUAUUUCUGAAAUUGCAUCAGAAGCAGAACAACCAUUACUAGAUAAAAAAGAUAUACCUCAAAAACAACCCGAAGAGAUUGAAGAAAUUAAAAUCAAAACUAAAAAGCCAAAGAAAACACAGAAAAAAGUGGAAGAAAUUGUUCAGAAACCAGUGAUGCCAGAUGACAUAGUUCCACAGGAAGUUGUUGAAUUAGCCGAUAUGACGGAGAAACGGCCUGAUGAAAUCAGAAAAGUUAAAGCUAAAAAACCUGUUAAACCAGUUGCUAAGUCUGAAGAGGAUGAACCAAAGAAAGAAGUUGAAAAAGUGCAAACAGUUGAUGAAAAACCAGAAAAACCUAAACCGAAAUUAGAGAAAGUUGAGUUGAUACCGAUGAAAAUCGAGAAAAAAGAAAUAAAACCCACAAAACUCAAAAUUGACCAACCAGAAGAACUUCCUCAAUUUGCUACGAUGAAACUUAAGAAAUCGCAAGUUGCCCCGAAGAAAAAACCCGAAGAAAAAGUUGAACUACCAAAGUUCUUACUUAAAAGCCGUAUAAAACGAAUUGAGUAUCCUCCGGCCCCACUUUUGAUGAAGAUUACUUUCAUAAAUGCCGUCAGAGAUAGUGGUAUCUUAUCCCGCAACGCAAGAGAAGCCAUGAAAGUAUUAAAAACAAAGUACAAGAAAGUCAAACUACCGGAAAAGUAUGAACCAGAAUUGGAAGUUAAUACGCUUAAAAUGGAUGAUUACAUGCCUUCGUCGCCCGAAUCAAUACCAGAUAAACAAUCGUAUGAAAAACUGCCUAGCAAACCCGAAGAAGUAAAUGAGAAACCCGAAAAAUUCACUAUUUCUAAAGGAAAAUUGCCGGAACAAGAUGAUGUCGAAGAAAAAAUUACUUUGAGGAAAAUUCCUGAAAAACCCGUAGGCGUCGAAGAAGAAAUUAAACCGAAGCCUAAAAAGAAAGAAGAAGAACCGGUAUUGAAAACGAAAAAAGAAAAAUCGAAGGAACCUAAAAUUGAGCCCUUUAUUCCAAGUGAUAUAACGCAUGAUGAACCUGAUAAAUUAGAAUUAGAAAAAAUCGAUAUUCCAGGUCGAUCUAAAGAUAUUCCUAAAGAAGAGGAAUCUAAACCGAAGAAAUCAAAGAAGACUAAACCAGAACCAGAAAUAAUAUCAAUACCAUUACAAAAGGGUAAACCUAAGCCGACUGAACCAGAAGAUGAAGAAGAUGUCAAAUUUCGUAUACCAAAAGGUGAAAAACCAGAUGAAGAACCAGAGAAAAUUACACUUAAACCAUUCGCUAAGCCCACACCUUCUACCGAUAAAGAACCAAAGGAUGCAGACCGUGAUAUGAAUUUGAAACCAAUUGAAUUAAAGGAAGGCGAAGAUAAACCUGAAGAAAAAUUGUUCAAAAAGAAAAAAACAAAACCUAAACCUAAAGAAGAUUUACCGGAACCUGACCAAGAACAACCCCAAGAUAUAGAAGCCGAUGAAGUAGUUGAAGAUAUACCAAAAGAGCCGGAAGAAAUUUCCCCAGAAGAAAUUCAAGAAUCUGUAAUAUUUAAGAAGAAGCCUUCAAAGAAAAAACCUGUGAAUGAAGAGCCAGAGGAGGAUAUUACUGUAAGUUUCACAAAAACUGAGAAAAAAGAAGUCGAAGAAGAAAUGGAUGUUUUUGUAACUCUGAAAAAGGAACCUAAAGAUGUUGAGAAGCCAGCAGAAAUAACUCUGAAGAGAAAGAAAAAGAUUACCAAAAAGCCUAUAGAAGAGGUAUCCGACGAUAUUACUAUUAAAACGCAAGAAAUAGAAGAUAUUGAAGAAGCUGAAGUGAUUGAAAUUGCAGAAGAAAAACCGGUUGCCGAGGAAAUGACACCCGAAGAAAUAAUUGCAGUACCACAGCCUACUGAAGAAGAAAAACCAAAAGACGAACCUGAAGAAUCAAAACAAAUGCCAGUAGAAGAAAUCACAAUAAAGAAAAAGAAAAGAAUCCCAAAAAAAGCAAUCGAGGAAGUAGUUGAAUCAGUUGUGAUUAAGCCAAAGGGAACAGACGAAGUUGAGGAAUCGGAAGUUGUUAAAAUUCAAAAGGAGAAACCAAUUAAACCGUUUGAAGAAGCGGCAGCGGAUGAGAUAACAAUUACAAGAGUAGAGACAGUGGAAGAAGUAAAAGAACAACCUGAGGAGGUUAUAGAGGAAAAGCAAGAAGUUAUAGUAAAGAAAAAGAAAAAAGAAACUAGAAAACCAGUAGAGGAAAUCACCGAAGAAGUUGUUAUUAAACCACGAAAGAAUAAAGAACCUGAAGAAACCGAAGGAGUCAAAAUUAAAAAACCUAUUAAGCCUAGUGUCGAAGAAGCUGCGGAUGAAAUUACCAUUAAAAAACUAGAAACUGAAGAUAACCAAGAAGUUACUUUGAAAAGAAAGAAAAAGAUUGCCAAAAAAACAGUUGAUGAAGAAGUUGAAGAAUUCAUCAUAAAGCCACGAGCUGCUGAGAGUAAGCCGGAAGAUAUAGAGGAAACUGAAACUGUUAAAUUGCCAAAAACGAAAAAGCCAACCGUGGACGAUGUUGCUGAGGAAAUCACAAUUAAAAAACAAGAAAUCGUGGAACCCGAAGACGUGGCAGAAGAAUUUGUGGUUAAGAAAAAAGUUCCAAAACGCAAGCCUUCCAUAGAAGAACAUUCAGAAGAGGUUACUAUAAGAAAACUGAAACCUGUUCGUAAGCCCUCGCAUCCUGAGCUUACAGAAGUUACCGAAGUGGAAAACGUCACUUUCAGACCAAAAUCAACAAAAACAAAAGAAGAUGUUGAGCAAGAAUUUAAAAUUCAACUAGAUUCAUAUGCUGAGGAAGAAAUUUCCAUGUCAAGCAAAGUAAAAUUAAAGAAACAACGCCCUCAAACAUUCCAUGAAGAAACUGAAGAAGCAUCAAUAAAAAUCACAAAAGAGGUAGAACCAGAAGGCCCUCAAUUUGAAGAAAUCAUUGUUGAAGAAAGUGAACCUGAUCAAGAUGAAACUAUGUAUGAUGUGGAAGAACCAGAAGAUGAAUCUGUCGAGGACCUGCCAGAAGAUGAAAGUGUUCAAUUUGCAAUGCCUCUCAAGCGAAAGAAAAAGUAUUCUAUUCAAGAUAUUGAAGAAGAAGUUAGCUUUGGCAUUAAAAAGAAACAAGAAAUUACAGAGAUAGAUUCUGAGACCGUCGCUCUUAAAACUAAGAAAAAACCCAAACCGCAGACAUUUGAUGAAGAGGCUGUUUCUUUGAGUAUAAGACGAGAAUCUAUUAUAGAAGAUCAAGAUGGUGAUGAGAGUGUAGAAUUUGCUGUUCCACUUAGGCGCAAGAAGAAGUACUCUAUUCAGGAUGUUGAAGGUGAAAUUAGUUUUGGUAUUAAACAAGUAAUGAAAAGAAAGGUUACUGAAUUUGAUGCUGACGCUGUAAGUCUAAAACCUAAAACAAAACCUAAGAAGCCCACAUUUGAUCAGGAGGCCGUUUCUUUGAGCAUUCAAAGAGAGGAAUAUAUUGAAGACGAAGGUGAAGUGGAGAAUGUAUACUUCUCAAUAUGCGCAUAUGAUGCUGAAAAUGAAGAUGCUAUAGAUUUAGUAGAGGGUGAACGCGUCUAUGUCAUAGAAAAUACUAAUUCCGAUUGGUGGUUUGUCACAAAACAUCUUACUGAAGAGAAGGGAUGGGUGCCAGCACAAUUUUUGAUGAACGAAGUUAAUUACACCUUAUAUGUUCAAAGAAAAAUAAAUGAGAAGAUAGAUAAACUUCCAAUUUUUGAAAGAUCAGGUCCAGAUGAGAAAUCAAGCGCACCUAGAUUCAUAGAGAAACUUCAACCGAAGCACACACCAGAUGGUUUUACAGUCCAGUUUGAGUGUCAAGUUGAAGGACAUCCACGGCCACAAAUUACUUGGUUCCGUCAAACUGCAAUCAUAAAACCCUCACAAGACUUCCAGAUGUAUUACGAUGAUGAUAAUGUAGCGACACUUAUCAUUCGAGAAGUUUUUCCAGAAGAUGCCGGUACAUUCACAUGCGUGGCUAAGAAUGCGGCAGGAUUUGCCUCAAGUACUGCUGAACUCAUAGUGGAAGCCCCGUUAUCAGAUCAUGGUUCCGAUUAUACUGGUUUGUCGAGAAAGAGCAUGUCGAGAGAAUCAUCCUUAGCUGAUAUUUUGGAAGGAAUACCACCUACUUUUGCUAAAAAGCCGAGAGCGCAAUGCGUAAACGAAGGUGACGAUGUGAUACUUGAAUGUAGAUUAGUAGCAAUUCCCGAACCUGAUAUUACGUGGUUUUACAAUGGAGAAGAAAUUAUCAGUGAAAAAAAUAUAUCUAUAGUAACAGAAUCAGAUAUGCACAUGUAUAGCAGUAUAGUGAAAAUAACAAAAACUAUGAAAACUCAAGAAGGAUGCUAUGAAAUAGUCGCAACUAAUAGGGAAGGAGAAUCUUCUAUGCCAAUCAAUGUUAAAGUUAUUACAGGAGAGAAAGAGCCUCCACAGAUACUUGAACCUUUGAGAAGUGUGGUAACUAGAGAAGGCGAUACGGUUGUUCUUAGCACACAAAUCGUUGGGCAACCAACUCCUAAAAUUGUAUGGUACAAAGAUGGCAUUUUAGCUAAAAAUCUUAAAACAAAAAGUGAUAAAGAUACUCAUAUUUUAACAUUAAUCAGUCCGACAAUGAAAGAUGCUGGUGAAUAUAUGGUACGAGCUACAAACACAAUGGGAAAAGCUGAAACAAUGGCAACAGUGUCUCUAGAACCUUGUCUGUCAGAGAAAGAAGAACCUCCAUUAUUCCUUGAGAGAUUCCAAGAAGAAAAUGUAUUACAAGGUGAUACUGUUCGACUACUUGCUAAAGUAAGUGGUAACCCAGCACCAAAAAUAACAUGGUUGAAAAACAACAAACCAUUGCAACCUAAUGAAAGAAUUCAAUUCUCAUAUGAUGGCGAAAACAUUGAAUUGAUAAUCUUAAAUGCAGACACUGUUAAAGAUACAGGUGACUACAAAUGUAUUGCAACAAAUCCUGUUGGCAAAGCCUCGCAUGGUUCAAAAAUAAUAGUAGACUUAGAAAAAAUAACAUUUACCAAAAAGCUAAAGAAAACUAUAUUAAUUGAGGAAUCUGAAGAAUUAGUUUUGGAAUGUGAAACGUCACAUGAUGUUUCUACAAAUUGGAGCCAUAAUAACAAUAAUAUAAGUGGCAUGGAUCACAGACAAGUUAUACAUGAUGGUAAAAAACACAAAUUGAUUAUUAAAAAGUCAACAGUGAAAGAUCAUGGUGUCUACAGAUGCACCGUUCGUGAUCAAAUAACAGAAUGUUCAGUCACUGUAAAAGCCAUCAUACCAGAAUUUAUCCGCAAAUUGCAAGAUUUCGAGGUGAAAGAAAGAGAAACAGCAGUAUUAGAAGUUGAAAUCACAUCUGAGACAGCUGAUGUGACUUGGCACAAGGACGGCGAAGAGUUAACAAGAAUCAAUACUAAAUAUGUAUUUGAAAAACAAGGUACUGUUCGUAAGCUAUUGAUUAGAAACUCUUCAGUACAUGACGAAGGAGAAUACACAUGCACUGUGGGUGAAAAUGAGUGCAGUGCAGAAGUAACAGUUGUCGAAUUGCCACCAGAGAUAAUUAGUAAAAUGAAGGAUGUAACAAUAGCUAAAGGAGAAAAGGCUAUGUUUGAAAUUGAAUUAACAAAGGGUGAUGCAUUAGUGCGAUGGUUCAAAAAUAAAGUAGAGCUGAAAUUUUCUGAUCACGUUCAGUUAAGUAUUGAUGGAAAACGUCAAAGAUUGAAAAUUUAUAAUGCUGACAUGGAAGAUGCUGGAAUCUAUGAAUGUCAAGUUGGGGAACAAAAAUCAACAGCAAAGUUGACAGUCGAAGAACCAUCUAUUGAAUUUAUUACAAAACUUCCGGAUGUCACAUUAGUUCCUAAAAAUACAGAUGCCACAUUUACAGUUAAGCUUUCAAAGAGUGAUGUAUCAGUAAAAUGGUAUAUACGAGGCAAAGAAAUUCAGCCAGAUGAGAGGUAUAAUAUGAUAUCUGAAAAUGUAACAAGAACUUUAAUCAUGAAGAAAUGUACUGAAGAAGAUCAGAGCGAAGUCACAUGCGUUGCUUUGAAUGUCAAGACAUCAUCAAAACUAAAAAUAGAAAUUACAGAAAUGCCACCUAAAAUAGAUACAACAAAUAAAGAAAUUAAAGUAAAAGAAAACGAAGACGCUACUAUCACACUUAAUUAUACCUCCACUACUUUACCUCGAGAUGAAUGGUCUUGUCAAGGAAUUGUGCUUGUAAAGUCCAAACGUAUUGCUACAAAACUAACAGAUACUUUAGCAAGCUUGACCAUUAAAAAGGUUCAAGAAUCAGAUGCCGGAGAGUACACACUCAAUUUGAGAAAUAGUGGAGGCCGAAGUACAGCAGAUGUAUCAAUAAUUAUUAUGAAAAAACCGUCGCCUCCUGGUCGUCCUGAACCGUUGGUAAUUAGUGAUGAUAGCCUCACAUUAUUUUGGAAACCUCCAGAAUUUGAUGGAAACUGUAAAAUUCUGCAUUAUUCACUUAACUAUCGCACAAGAAAUGAAAUUAGCUGGACUACUAUUGAUAAUAUAACUGAUACAUCUUAUGCUAUUACAAAAUUAAGUAAAAAUGAGGAAUAUGUAUUCAAUGUUGUGGCUUUCAAUGAGGUUGGUCCUAGUGAGCCUUCAGAUAAUUCCAAAUAUCUCAAAACAUCAUCACUGACAUCUGAUGAACCACCUACUAUACAAGAACCUUUGAAAGAUGAAACUGUUGGCCUUAAACAACGGCUCACAUUAUCAUGUAUAAUCGGUGGUAUGCCAACCCCAGAAGUUAAAUGGUAUCACAACGAUCGCCACUUUAAAAAUAAGUCUAUCAGCUAUGAAAAUAGAGUCGCAAAAUACACCAUAACAGAAACUAAUGAAAAUUGUUCAGGUACAUAUACCUGUAAAGCAACAAACCAGGCAGGAUCUGCUGAAACAUCUUGCAAUGUAUCUGUACAAGAAUUACCAAAGAUCACAGUUGAUGAAAACAUGUUAGUACAAAAAUUAAGGGUUUCGACUCAAUGGAAGGUUUCGGCAGAGAUUACUGGUUUUCCAAAACCUGAAAUUAGUUGGCAGAAAGAUGGCAAACAAAUCCAAUCCACCAAGCACUGCAGUAUUUAUUAUGAUGAAACAUCAAGUUGUAUAGCUAUAUAUUCUUUGGAUAGGCAAGAUACAGGAAAAUAUACUAUAACAGCAACAAACUCUGCUGGAUCUUCUAGUGUUGAGAUUGAAUUGAGAGUUAUAGAUAAGCCUAGUAGACCCAGUGCAAUCUCAUUGAAAGAAGUUCAUAAAGAAUCAGUUGUUAUAGAAUGGACACCACCAUUAGAUGAUGGAGGAUUAGCUUUAACUAAAUAUGGACUAGAAAAAUGUGAUCCCGAGAAGAAGAUAUGGAUUAAAGUUGCUGAUCUAGAUAAAGAUGUUGAAUCAUUCUGCAUACAAAAAUUAUUAGAAGGUUCCGAAUAUUUGUUUAGGGUCUAUGCAGCAAACCCCAUUGGCUACUCUGAAGCUAUCGAAAGUGAUCCUGUCUUCAUUAGGAGUAGCUUUGGUAAACCAUCACCGCCGCGUGGACCAUUAGAUGUAUCAGGUAUGACAAAUACCUCAUUUACUAUUAAAUGGUUGUCGUCAGAAACAGAUGGGGGUACUCCAAUAAUAGAAUACAUAGUUGAAAUUAAGGAAAGUGCCAACAAAGCUUGGAAGAAGGCUGGAACUACCACAAAAGAUUGUACAUAUCUUCAAUUGACCGGUCUUAAGAAGGGCGCAUCAUAUGAUUUUAGAAUAUAUGCUCGUAAUGAGGCAGGAACUAGUGAUGCUUACAUUCCAGAUGAUAAAGUUACAGCAGGAAAAUUGAUAACACCACCUUCAAGUCCACAAAAUCUUUUGGUGUCUGAUUUUACAAGUCGAAGUGUAACAUUAACUUGGGAACCUCCAGCAAGUACAGGAGGCACAGAACUUACUGGCUAUAUAGUUGAGAAGAAAUUAGUAACAGUAAAUAAUUGGACUAAAGUUGUAACCUUAGAACCACAUAAUUUGCAAUAUCUUAUAGAAAAUUUGAAAGAGAAAUCUGAAUUUGUUUUUCGGGUAUUUGCAGAAAAUGCUAUUGGGCUUAGUACGCCCGCAGUAACAAGGAAUGUUACUCUAAAAACUCACGCAACUGUGCCAUCUCCUCCAACUGCUCCCUUAGAGAUGAGAAGUGUAGGUCCAAAUAAUAUUGUGAUAAGUUGGGGAAUUCCGGAAUCCGACGGUGGUGCUCCCAUCGAGGGUUACAACAUAGCUAUUAGAGAUGUUAAGAAAACUAUGUGGAUGGAAGUAGGACGCGUUCAGGCUUCAAUUCAGAAUUUUACUAUCAGGGAUUUACAGGAGCAGAACGAAUACUUGAUACGAAUAUUUGCGCGAAACGAGGUUGGACUCAGUGAUCCGUUAGAGUCCGAGGAACCUUACAAAGUGUUGCCGUCUGCAGAAGUGGACCACGCUGAUGAGCCUCGUACUGAACUCACGGAGCCCACAGGUUACAGUACUGAGAACACAUUGUCCUGGCUAAGAGAAAAUAAUAUGGAUGCCGAUAUACAUUCGUAUGCUCGAGGAAGGUUGUUGAGAAAGGAUGAAUAUUUCUUCAGGAUAUGGCAUUAUGCCAAACAAUUGUUCAAGUGAUGAGCGUUCCUAGGUAAACAUUAUAAUAAUUUAUUUAAUCUCCAGAAAUAAGAAAGUAUCUGUAAUUCCUCACCCCGGUUGCAGACAAACCUUGUUUUUGAGAGGUAAAUUGAAUGUGAAUCGUGCGAAGUUAAUUUUAUUUACUAUUAUUAUUGUCUUAUAUUGAUAAAAUUUAUGUUUAUUUUGAGGAACGCAAAUUGAUGAGUCCUUUAUAUUUAAUAUUUUAGCUUUAAAUAACGUAUUUAUAUUACAUUGUUCAAAGUUGAGUUAAAAAUGAUGUUUUAGUGUGUUUCUGUGAUAUGAAAAAAGUUUUAUAUGUUAUUCAGCCAUUUUAUCUGAUAAAGUAUUUUUAAUGGGUUUGCUUUUAAUUCAAAUGCUACAUUAUGAACAUAUUUCAUCAUUUGACAUUGGGAGAUAAUAUAGGUGCACAAAUCUUGUCUCAGAUGGUGAAAGCAUUUCAUAAAGGGCAUUUUUGUUACAAGUUUA